GCAGCAUCUCUUCGCCCCUCGGAGCUGGAAAUGCAACUCUUGGGAUCUUUGGAGGCUAAGGAGCUGGAGGCGGAGGCGGCUGGGGAGGUCCGAGCGAUGUGACCGGGCCGCCAUCGCUCGUCUCUUCCUCUCUCCUGCCGCCUCCUGUCUCCGAAAUAACUUUUUUACUCUAAAGCAAGGGGAAAAAAAGUAGCCGUCCGCCCCUCACACCCUCCCUUCCUCUCAGCCCUCUGGUCUGUGAGGGAGCCCGGGGUGGCCGCUCCGCCGUCGGGGCCGCGCCGCCGAGCCCCGGCCGCCCCGGGCCGCCCCCGCCCGCCGCCCCCAUGCAUCCCUUUUACACCCGGGCUGCCACCAUGAUAGGCGAGAUCGCCGCCGCGGUGUCCUUCAUCUCCAAGUUCCUCCGCACCAAGGGGCUCACGAGCGAGCGACAGCUGCAGACCUUCAGCCAGAGCCUGCAAGAGCUGCUGGCAGAACAUUAUAAACAUCACUGGUUCCCUGAAAAGCCGUGCAAGGGAUCAGGUUACCGUUGUAUUCGCAUCAACCAUAAAAUGGAUCCUCUGAUUGGACAGGCAGCACAGCGGAUUGGACUGAGCAGUCAGGAGCUGUUCAGGCUUCUCCCAAGUGAACUCACACUCUGGGUUGACCCCUACGAAGUGUCCUACAGAAUUGGAGAGGAUGGCUCCAUCUGUGUGCUGUAUGAAGCCUCACCAGCAGGAGGUAGCACUCAAAACAGCACCAACGUGCAAAUGGUAGACAGCAGAAUCAGCUGUAAGGAGGAACUUCUCUUGGGCAGAACAAGCCCUUCCAAAAACUACAAUAUGAUGACUGUAUCGGGUUAAGAUAUAGUCUAUGGAUGGAUCAUCUUAUAAUGGAUGGAUAAAUUUGAUUUUUGCUUUGGGUGGGCUCCUCUUGGGGAUGGAUUAUGGAAUUUAAACCAUGUCACAGCUGUGAAGAUCUGGCACAAGAUAGAGUGGUAAAAAAAUUUUUUUAAGUGACAGUGCCAUAGUUUGGACAGUACCUUUCAAUGAUUUAAUAGCCUGUGAGUCCAAGUAAAUGAUCACUUUAUUUGCUAGGGAGUGAAGUCCUAGGGUGGUUUCAGUUUCUCCCAGACAUACCUAAAUUUUAACAUCAAUCCCUUUAAGGAAAAUCUGUAUUUCAAAAAACCUUUCUCUGCAGUAGAUCUUGCAGAGGAAUUUGCACUAUUACACUUGAAAAUUGUUGUUGAUAACCUUUUUGGCAGCUCAGUAGGAAAGCUUGUUUUAAACAUGGUAGUACUGGAAAUUUUACAAGACUUUUACCUAGCACUUAAAUAUGUAUAAAUGUACAUAAAGACAAACUAGUAAGCAUGACCUGGGGAAAUGGUCAGACCUUGUAUUGUGUUUUUGGCUUUGGAAGUAGCAAGUGACCAGAAUCUGCCAUGGCAACAGGCUUUUAAAAAAGACCCUAAAAAAGACACUGUCUCAACUGUGGUGUUAACACCAGCCAGCUCUCUGUACAUUUGCUAGCUUGUAGUUUUCUAAGACUGAGUAAACUUCUUAUUUUUAGAAAGUGGAGGUCUGGUUUGUAACUUUCCUUGUACUUAAUUGGGUAAAAGUCUUUUCCACAAACCACCAUCUAUUUUGUGAACUUUGUUAGUCAUCUUUUAUUUGGUAAAUUAUGAACUGGUGUAAAUUUGUACAGUUCAUGUAUAUUGAUUGUGGCAAAGUUGUACAGAUUUCUAUAUUUUGGAUGAGAAAUUUUUCUUCUCUCUAUAAUAAAUUGUUUCUUAUCUUGGCAUUUUAA